GUUCCCCGGGCUCUGGCCGAGCCAGUCUGGGCCCAGGAGCCCAGGAGGCGUGUCUCGGAGAAAAUAUAUAAGCGGCCUCCGGACGCUAAAGCGGUGCCAGCGGCGGAGUCUCCAACUGGAAGAGCUGCAGCUGCCGAGCGGAGGAGAACGCCGAGGCCAGUCGGACCGACGGACACGCUGACCGCCGCCAACUGCAGCUCGCGCUGCCUCCUGCUCGCGCCCUGCCACUAAGGUCACUCCCGCCUCCGAGAGCCCAGAGCCGAGAUGGAAACGGUCCAGGAGCUGAUCCCCCUGGCAAGGGAGAUGAUGGCCCAGAAGCGCAAGGGGAAGAUGGUGAAGCUGUACGUGCUGGGCAGCGUGUUGGCCCUCUUCGGCGUGGUGCUCGGCCUGAUGGAGACUGUGUGCAGCCCCUUCACGGCCGCCAGCCGUCUUCGGGACCAGGAGGCAGCCGUGGCGGAGCUGCAGGCCGCCCUGGAGCGACAGGCUCUCCAGAAGCAAGACCUGCAGGAGAAAGGCAAGCAGCAGGACGCCGUCCUCGGUGGCCGGGCCCUCUCCAACCGGCCACACGCCUCGUAGGAACUGUGGGAGACCAGCGGAGUGGGAGGGAGAGGCAGCAGACAGAGACAAACAGACCGAAAGAGGAAGGGAGAGACAGAGGGGUCGAGCGCACAGGAGCCUGACUCCGCUGGGAGAGUGCAGGAGCACGUGCUGUUUUUUAUCUGGACUUAACUUCAGAGAAACCGCUGACAUCUAGAACUGACCUACCACGAGCAUCCAACCAAAAGGAGUUUGGGAUUGAGUUUUGCUGCUGUGCAGCACUGCAUUGUCAUGACGCGUCCAAUACUGUGUGAAUUCUCUAAAUGCGUCUACCAUUUUGCACUAGGGAGGAAGGAUAAGUGCUUUUUAUAUUAUUAUUAAUAAUUAUUACAAUGACCACCAUUUUGCAUUUUGAAAUAAAAAACUUUUUAUACCAUA